AUGGCUCCGAUCGCUCGCAGGUUAACAUACUGCGCACCAUCCUACCUUACAGCAGGAAGGCUUAUACAUGGAUUGCCACAGCGGGCGCCUUGCGCGUCCCCUCCAGCUUGCGUCGCCCUGCUCCGUCAAAAACGCUGCCAUCUAACCACCUCCGCCACGCCAACUACCCCCGCAACCUCACCACGGCCAAACCGAUCACGACGGCGUUCAUUGCCCGAGAGUUCCUCCCUGCUGUCCCACCGCCGCUCGUAUCACUCCUACGACCACCCGCCUUCUCCUGGCCUGUUCUCCCCGACCGAGCGCGCAAUCUUGACCGCAGCAUACGCACACAUUCCUCAGCAUGGCUUCACACUAAAAGCCCUGGCUCUCGGCGCGAGAGAUGCUGGCUACCUGGAUAUAAGUACCAACCUACUCACCGACGGAGUCUUCACCCUGGUCCAAUGGCACCUUGUGGCACAGCGGGAGGCUCUGGCCGGAAAGGCGAAGCGCCUGUUCGAGGAUGAGGAGGCCCCGAGACUCGGUCUGGGAGCCAAGGUCGAAAUGUUGACGUGGGAGAGGCUCAUGGGAAACAAACAUGUCAUUGGAAAGCUCCAAGAGGCACUAGCCAUCAUGGCUCAACCGUCCUGCGUCCCGGUAUCCCUCGGUGAGCUGGCCAAGCUUUCCGACGAGAUAUGGUUUCUCGUAGGCGAUACGGCCGUGGACCCUUCCUGGUACACCAAGCGCGCGUCAUUGUCCACCAUCUAUGCAUCAACCGAGUUGUUCAUGACGACCGACCACUCCGAUGGAUUUUCCGAGACGAGGAAAUUCCUCCAGAGGAGACUAGCCGAGACACAGGAGAUUGGCGCCGCAACCCCCUCUGCCGGGCCCAACGACCAUGGAUCCCGUCACAAGUGCAAGGUGGCGUAG